AUGAGGAGUUAUUACUUUGAUGAUCCAUCAAGCAAUGUAUCAGUGGAGCAAUUGAAUGCCAUCAAAAUCCACUACUAUCCGAUGCCAAUGGAUGACUACACCAACAAGUUGGCCUCUAUAUGUCAGGAGCGUGGCUACAAGAACAGAGACGAGGUCAAGCUGAACAAUGACACUCCAGGUCUUGAUGACAAGUUAAAGAUAUUCUUUGAAGAACAUUUGCAUGAUGACGAAGAGAUCAGGUUCAUUCUUGAUGGUAGUGGCUUCUUUGAUGUUCGAGACACCCAAGACAAAUGGAUAAGAAUCCGUGUUGAAAGAGGUGAUCUGAUUAUCGUCCCGGCACUAAUGUAUCAUAGGUUUACAUUGACAGAGACCAGGGCUGUCCAUGCGAUGCGACUCUUUACAGACGCUCCAAAGUGGGUGCCAAUCAACAGA